CGCUGGGAUCCGGGUCCAUCGUCGCUGCCCACCGCUCUCCCUCACCCUUCCACCCUGGCACCGUAGCCCAGGGCCCUGAGGGACCGACUGUCGUGUCUACCCUAAGCGAACGGAUCCGGGUUCUAACAGGUAAUUCUUCCCACAGGAUGAAUUAAGACCGGAGGACUCUCUCACUCAUCAGGAAUGGAGAGCAGUUUGUCAGUUUCCAACAUGCAGGAUCCUUCGUCUUCACCCUUGGAAAAGCACCUCGGCCCAGCCAAUGGAGAUGGAGAUCUUGACUCAGAAGAAGGUUCGAGCCUGGAGGAAAUCGGCUUCAACUGGGGAGAAUAUUUGGAAGAAACAGGUGCCAGUGCAGCUCCGCACACAUCAUUCAAACAUGUUGAAAUCAGCCUGCAGAGCAACUUCCAGCCGGGAAUGAAGUUGGAAGUGGCCAACAAGAACAACCCGGACACAUACUGGGUGGCCACUAUCAUCACGACGUGCGGGCAGCUGCUGCUUCUGCGCUACUGCGGUUACGGCGAGGACCGCAGGGCGGACUUCUGGUGUGACGUGGUCAUAGCGGAUCUGCACCCCGUGGGGUGGUGCACGCAGAACAACAAGGUGUUAAUGCCUCCGGACGCAAUCAAAGAGAAGUACACAGACUGGACAGAAUUUCUCAUACGUGAUUUGACUGGUUCACGGACAGCACCUGCCAACCUACUGGAAGGUCCUCUGCGAGGGAAAGGCCCUAUAGACCUCAUUACAGUUGAUUCCUUAAUAGAACUUCAGGAUUCUCAGAACCCUUUUCAGUACUGGAUAGUUAGUGUGAUUGAAAAUGUUGGAGGAAGAUUACGCCUUCGCUAUGUGGGAUUGGAGGACACUGAAUCCUAUGACCAGUGGUUGUUUUACUUGGAUUACAGACUUCGACCAGUUGGUUGGUGUCAAGAGAAUAAAUACAGAAUGGACCCACCUUCAGAAAUCUAUCCUUUGAAGAUGACCUCUGAAUGGAAAUGUGCUCUGGAAAAAUCCCUUAUUGAUGCGGCAAAGUUUCCUCUUCCAAUGGAAGUGUUUAAGGAUCAUGCAGAUUUGCGAAGCCAUUUCUUCACAGUUGGGAUGAAGCUAGAAACAGUGAAUUUGAGUGAGCCCUUUCAUAUCUGUCCUGCAUCAGUGACCAAGGUUUUUAACAAUCAUUUUUUUCAAGUGACUAUUGACGACCUAAGACCAGAACCUAGUAAGGUCUCAAUGUUGUGCCAUGCGGAUUCAUUGGGAAUUUUGCCAGUACAAUGGUGCCUUAAAAAUGGAGUCAAUCUCACUCCUCCCAAAGGCUACUCUGGCCAUGACUUUGACUGGGCAGAUUAUCACAAGCAGCACGGGGCAGAAGAAGCACCUCCAUUCUGCUUCAGAAAUACAUCGUUCAGUCGGGGUUUCACAAAGAACAUGAAACUUGAAGCUGUGAAUCCCAGGAAUCCCGCAGAGCUCUGUGUGGCUUCGGUCGUCAGCGUGAAGGGCAGGUUGAUGUGGCUUCACCUGGAAGGCCUGCAGACUCCUGUCUCAGAAGUCAUUGUGGAUGUGGAGUCCAUGGACAUCUUCCCCGUGGGCUGGUGCGAAGCAAAUGCUUACCCGUUGACCACACCACACAAGACAGUCUCACAAAAGAAGAGAAAGAUUGCAGUUGUGCAACCAGAAAAACAUUUUGUUUUCUCUACUGACAGAUUACCAUCCACAGUGCCUGUAGAGAAAAUACCUCAUGACCUGUGCUUAUUCCCUCACCUGGACACCACAGGAACCGUGAAUGGGAAGUACUGCUGUCCUCAGCUUUUCAUCAACCACAGGUGUUUCUCAGGCCCUUACCUGAACAAAGGAAGGAUCUCAGAGCUACCUCAGUCCGUGGGCCCAGGCAAAUGUGUGCUGGUUCUUAAAGAGGUUCUUAGCAUGAUCAUCAAUGCAGCCUAUAAGCCCGGAAGGGUAUUAAGAGAAUUACAACUGGUGGAAGAUCCACAAUGGAAUUUUCAGGAGGAGACCCUCAAGGCAAAGUAUAGAGGCAAAACGUACAGGGCCGUGGUAAAGAUUGUGCGGACGUCCGACCAGGUGGCCAAUUUCUGCCGCCGAGUUUGUGCCAAGCUAGAAUGCUGUCCAAACUUGUUUAGCCCUGUGCUGGUUUCUGAAAACUGCCCCGAGAACUGCUCCAUCCACACCAAAACCAAAUACACCUAUUAUUAUGGAAAGAGAAAGAAGAUCAUUAAGCCCCCAAUUGGGGAAAGCACCAUUGAGAGCGGCCACCCUAAACCAGCCAGACGAAGAAAACGACGAAAAUCCAUUUUCGUGCAGAAGAAACGGAGAUCUUCCGCCGUGGACUGCACAGCAGGUUCUGGGGAGGAGAGUGAAGAGGAGGAUGCCGACGCCAUGGACGAUGACACCGCCAGUGAGGAGACUGGCUCCGAGCUCCGAGACGACCAGACGGACACCUCAUCUGCAGAGGUGCCCUCGGCCCGACCCCGCAGGGCCGUCACCCUGCGGAACAGCUCAGAGCCUGCGCGCCGGCCUCCCGUGGAAAGAGCCCGAAGGGGCCGCCCAGCGCCAGCCACCUCCUCUGUGGAGGAAGGGGAGAAAGGCCUGCCUGCCGAGCCAGAGGGGGCAGAGGAAACGAAACAAGAAGAGGAGGAGGAGAGACUCAUUCUGGAAAGCAACCCGUUAGAGUGGACGGUCACGGACGUUGUGAGGUUCAUUAAGCUCACGGAUUGUGCCCCCUUGGCCAAGAUAUUUCAGGAACAGGACAUCGACGGCCAGGCACUCCUGCUGUUGACUCUUCCGACGGUGCAGGAGUGCAUGGAGCUGAAGCUGGGACCUGCUAUUAAACUGUGCCAUCAGAUCGAGAGAGUUAAAGUGGCUUUCUACGCGCAGUAUGCCAACUGACUCUGCCUCCCGGGAGGGCGGCCCCGGCCUGGGUGAGGCAGCAUUGGUGAAGGUUUUCGGGACUUGCUUUUCCCAGGAUCAGCGAAACGGCACAUAACACAAGUAUCACCAAAAAGAAGCCAGGACUUCCUUCAUCCACCAGCUCGUUGAAUAUUCUCAUGUUUCUAAAGCACACCAGAGUCCCACAGCAGAAGCUUCUGGCGAGUGCGAGUUUAGAUUCCGAGUUGUUGGACUGUGUGGGAUAUGGAGAGCUGCUUCGUACAGCUACAUUUUGCCUUUCUCCACCCCAAACCAGGCAGCUUUCUUUGAACAAGGUGUCCCAAACCGAUCCCUGCAUUGGUUUGAAAACCAAGGCAGGUGCAGUUCUCGUCUUUUCUAACGUGACCGAGGGACACCUUUGCUGGUAGCUUUUGCUAUAAUCAUUCUCAGGCACAUUUAUAGAUACAUCUUUCCUAUCGACACACGUGUGACUGUAGGUUAGUGCUACACGCUGUCACUGCUUGUCUCGGUUCGAUCUCGAUGGCAGCUUCUUUCUCCGACACAGCUCUGUGAUGGUUCAGGGUGUCCUUGUAAAAAAAUGUGUCAAACCUUCAUGCCUUUUAGGAAGGAAGGGGGAGUGGAGGAAGGCUGGCUUCUCAUUGCAGUGCCAUGGUUUUUGGGAGCAAUUGAAGCCUAGAACCUCUGUAGGGACGGCUCCAUCUGCAGAAUUGAAGACAAACCUGCAGCUCUCUAAUUGAAUUGUAACCACAUCAAAUGACUCCUUUAGGGAAAUGUCCAAUUACAGAUGGAAGGGAAGAGCAUCAUUUCAGAGUGCAAGAGUGGGAAGAGAGUUUGGAAGACGUGGAUCACCAGAGCAGCAAGAGAGUCCUCUCCAGCACCCCUCUGUUUAGUCCACCUUGGCUCACCCCAUCUGCCGUGGGCGUGAGGAGGAGAUAUGACUGCCCAGUGAGCCCUGGAUCUGGGGUCAGCUGCUUCUCACCCCGACUUUGCUGAUGAUUAACUCUGUGGUCUCUCGGGUAGCUUCUUGUUGCUCUGGACCUCAGGUCCUAUACAAGGACAGCAGGUGUGGGCACCUAGGAGCCUGGCAGUGAGCACAUUCUCCUGCUUGUAAGGAAGGAGUCCAGAUGUGUGGAGGUGAGACACAGAAGGAGAAAGAGCUAUUCCUGCAGCUCACCCUGGCUUUGAGGUUGCUUUCAAAAUCUUGGGGGCGGGGGUGGUUUUGUUAGAUCCGCCAAGUCCCUUGCAGGAGGUCUGUAGUUCUGAGAAUUGGCUGGCCUGUUGUACCAAGCGCUUCACCUGUGAAUUCUCAUGAGUGACUUCAGUGCGUGCUUUGAAAUCCAGAGAGACUGCUCUGUUGUAUGCUUUUGACCACGGUGACCCUGAUCUUCUCUGGCUGGAGUCUCCACAGUUCCGGCGACAUUGUGUUGUUGGCCGCGUUUCCAGCUAGCCACUCCUCUUCCCUGUGACAUCUUAAGACUUGAUGAUUACCUGUCGAACUCUGAGAACUCUGAUUACUGAUAAUCCUUCUCAACAUUCCACAACAGUUGGCAGAUGAAAACAGGAAAACAAGUGUUUUGUGGUUGAGACGUUUCAGUGCCCCCUGCAGCCAUGGUUGGCAGUGGCUUAACACGGUCGAGUUGUAAGCAUUUGGUGAGUGGAUCUGCCUGGAGACCUGGGAUGGGAAGAGACUGCCUAGAUGAUGCCUGCAGCCCCACUGUGAUGAUAAAGACGUCUCCAGUGAUUCGUGGUGGGCUUGCAAUCGGAUGCCUUUCUUCUAAGCCACAGCUUCGUCCUGCCCUCCGCCUCCCACCCCUGCCUUCUCAGCCGCUUGCUUUUGGCCUUAAAUGCUCGGUCUUGUGGAGUUAGACUCUGGCAGACGAUUGGAAAGGGUCUCCAUUUCGAGAUCGAUGGCAUUUUCCCGGCGCUCACUCUUUCUGAUCUUUUCACUGUGGCCUUUUCAAGUGGAGCUGUUUCUCUGUUGCAUGUGAAAUGGGAGUGAGGGAGUGUGGUGGCUACACCAUAACGUUGCACCUGCUGGGCGAAUGUCACCUCCUCGUGCCUUUUACCGGGAAUGGCAUGGAGGAGGCGGUGCUACACCAGAGUGAGAAGAUCUUCCGAGGAUCUCUGGAGCCCACCCACGGAGCACGAGGACCACCUGCUGGGAGGCCCAGACAGGGCACAGCCACCAUAGCUGGGAAUCGCUCUUGUUUCCAUGGGCCAGAUGUCCGUGGCUGUCCUCAGUCUUCGGCCGUAGCAUCUCACCUCUGUCUCUGUCUCCAGGGGAUUGGUUGCUUCAGCUUUGUGGGGGCCCAGUGAGGAGGAGGAAGGGGCUAUAUUCUUGGCAGAAGAAGACCCAGCUCUGUAGCCUUCAUCAUGGGGUGGGGUGGGGGGUGGGGGUAUGUGCCCUGUCCCCUGCCCCUUGGGGGUGCUGAGAGGAACUGCACAGCCUAGGAGGUGCUUUUCAGCUGACAUUGCUGGCAUCUUCCUGAACUUGGAUGUCUGUGGAUGAACUUGAUGCCUCAGGACUGCGUUCCCAGUAGCUAUUACACCAGCAGCAGUUCUGUUUGGGACGUGUAAGGUGGUCUUCAAUUUCCCUGUGGGAUUCAUCUCUCAGCAGCUUCCGUCUUAAAGACAAGGCCGCCGCCGAGGAGCGCUUUGCUAUGUUGUGUGACCUUCUCGCUGAUGGCAGAAAAUGUGGAUUUUUACACCUGCACUGCAGGACCCACAGCGCCCUAAGCCAAGCGUUUCUUGAUCUCAGAACCAGUGAGUGACGCCCUCCGUUCCUUCCCCAGGUGGUUCCAUUUCUUCUUCAUCUCUCCUUGGUCAUACUUCAGGACCAGUGUGCUCCUGGGCUGGGUAUGCGCGUGCUGCUGCUCUUUACCUCCUAGAACGAGCCGAGCAGACACCUGUCAUCCGUGUACCUCGUGUGUAAGCUGAGAAACCGAAAUGCCCCCUCGCAUAUAGAGACGAGAGCCCCUCCCUACAUCCCACCCUCCUCCAGCUCACGGAACCUGGUUCAGCUCCUAGCCGCUCGGCUCAGUGAGCACUGUGUUGUCAGUGUCCCGUCCGGGAACACACAGACAUGACAAGCCGAACAGGAGCAGGGAACUGUGGCGUUCCAGAGCUUCUGUGCUUUUCAGAGACAGCACCGCUUUCCCUCUGACGGGCCUCCAUGGCACCGAGAACUCACCUGUCACUUUCCAAAUUAGACGGAAUGUUGAUUCGCUCGGUAUUGAGCUGUACAAACUGGUAGGUCCCUCUGCCGCCUUUGAUCCUGUUCGCAAAAUCGUUUCAUGUGUCCGCUUUGAUUUGAUCGUCAAUAAAUUAAAAUGAUCCAGAUCUUCGACACUGCCACCUGUGACCCUUCCUGUGGUCUCUCGGAGGUUGAUUUUGAUCAGCCUUCUUUCUGAAGGCGGGUCUCGGCUCUCCUAAUCGAUCUCAUGGAAUGUUUGAGUAUUGCGCGAGGCGAGUGCUGGGAUUUGCCUUCUCUCUUUUAUCCACACACCCCCUUCUAAGAGCUGUCCUACCUUCGUUUUGGAAGCACGAGGGGUUUUCAUACUUAUUUUGUAGAACACUCAUUUAUAUUUAUUUCUGUAUAUAGAACUUAAGAACAGUAGUGUUAAAUCUUUGUUGUGGUUUGAGCAUCAUUGCUGCUUCUGGGUUAAGAUGGUGAGCCUAGGCUGUAGUGACUCUGUAUUCUGUCUUUAGAAAGCUGUGAUUGAGUGUGCAAUUAUUUGAAAGGAAAAUUAGUAAAUUAAGAUAUCUGUAGUCUGUAAGAAGGAAUCCUUGGAGAGAGAACAUACUGCCCUUGUCUUUUUUGGUGCAAUAAUUAAAUAAUGAUGGAAGGUUGUCAUAGCAGCUAUUACAUUUAAUGAUUCUUCUCUUUGUUAACUGUUGUUCCCUGAAAAUUACUCCCUAUCACUUGGUUGGAUUUUUAAGUUGAUUAAUUCUCAUGGCUUGUACAACUAGAGUAGUUUACGGAUUUCUAAAAGACAGGAUACAAUUGAAUUGUCCGACUCUGACCCAUUUAACUUGCCUAAAACUAGUAAUCGUUGACAUACGAUACUGCUAUGGGUGUGAGUUCAAAGCCUCUGUAUCUUGGAAGAUAAAUGACACUCAGAGCUUGAAUCUUUCCACCUUACUGGUUUGGUUUUACACAGCUGGGGUGCAGCCCCAGUGAGUAUGUAGGUCAUGUCACAUUACCAAGGCAGAGCAGUGCUUCUUUGAGCCCAAGAGAUGCACUGGAAGUUCAAGGACAAUCAUUAGCAGGAAAUCACCUGAUAGUAGGAAAAUGGAGGCAAGAAAAAAAUGGCAGAAGAAAAGAAUCAUCUCACUUGUUCCAAAUGGGAGCUGGCAUGAACCUAGCUGUGAACCUUGAAAGCCCUUUUGCUGUCUUGCAUUCCAACUUGAAUAGUCUGUAUUGGAAAUCUGACCCAUACCUUGUGUCUGUUUGGUGCAUAAAAGGGAAAAAUUGGUGUCUUUGCUUUUGAAAUUGGCAGGACGAAGGGCAUGCUGUUAGUUUGCUGUAAGAUUGUAUUCUGUAUAUAUGUUUUCAUGUAAAUAAAUGAAAAUCUAUAUCAGAGUUAUAUUUUAAUUUUUAUUCUAAAUGAAAAAAAGCCCUUUUUACUUGAAGACAAAUUGUA